AUGGUGAAUAGAGCCACGUCUAUGAAGCAAGAGGAGAAAAAGCUCAAGAUCUUCACUCUUGACCCAGAUAGGAUGUAUUUGAGUUACUUUGCUCCUUGGACCUCUGUUUCUCUUGACCAUCCCUCCACCUUCGAGACGCUAGCAAUGGAUCCUGAUGUCAAGAGGAGUGUGAUGGACGAUCUAGACCAGUUCGUUCAGCGGAGAGACUUCUAUAAAAGAGUGGGGAAAGCGUGGUAG